AUGUCCGAUGCCCCUCGCCCCCUUCACCAGCUGCUUCACACGACCCACGAGUACUCCAGCCGCGCCCAACACGAUGGGACGUGUCAAGCCUUAUCGCGGUAUGGCCAACUUUUGCUGCUGAACAAUCAGGUGGAAGAGGCUUCGCGAUACUUUGACGCGUCCUUUGCGCACUGCCCCCACCACUCCGACGAGAACCUUCGCGGACACGACGCGUGCAUCAACACGCUCGCGCACUUCGCGUUCUUCGUCGAACAACAUCGCCAGAGCCUCGACCAGGCCAAACUUCUCUACGAACGAGUGCUGGCAAACCACCCAGCCCACCCCCAUGCCUUGGGCAAUUAUGCCAUGCUGCUGCAUAAACUAGACCCCGCCAAUUCGGCACUUGUCGACAAAGCAUACACCAAUGCGAUUGCCCAGUUCCCGACCCAUGGAACCGUGCUAUGCAAGUAUGCAGGCUGGCUCGUGCAGCAAAACAGGGUCGCUGACGCCGAGCGGUUCUUUGAUCAAGCGGCGAAAAUGAGCCCCACAAGCCCUGACAUCUUGGGGAACGUUGCCACGUUUUUGCAUGCAAUCAAGCAGGACCACCAGGCCGCCGACCUCCGAUACCGCGAAGCGCUCGAUUUGGACCCCCAUCACGCAAACAACUUGGGCAACUACGCGUUUUUCCUCGGGUCCGUGUGCCGCAACCCCAAAGAAGCUGAGGUGUACUACAAGCAGUCGCUUACGUGCAAUCGCAAGCACGCGAGCAAUUGGUUCAAUUACGGCAUGCUGCUGUGGCGGGAGCUCCAUAACACGGAGGACGCAGCGCAAUGCUUCAAGCACGCGUUGGCACUGGAGCCGCAGCACGCACUGGCUGCGUUGAACUACGCUCGGAUGCUCGAUGCCGAGUGUGGACAAGCUGCUCUGGCCGAUGUCUACUUUGGACAAGCGAUCGCCGCAGACGACCAAAACAGCGACGCUUGCAUGGAUUAUGCGAGCUUUCUCUUCCGGGAACGGCGACCACUUGAAGCCGAACGAAUGUACCAGCGAGCACAUGUGCUGGCCCCAACCAACACCAAAGCCACGUACAAUUUGGCCAAGGUGCUCCUGCUUCACAUGGAAAGCCCAAGCUACGACAUCAACCGGAGUGCUGCCGACCAUCACCAAGUUGAAGGGCUGUUUCAAGAUUUGGUGCAGCUCGCGCCCCGACACACGUCGGUCGUGGCAGACAUCGCGGCCCACAUUGCCAAGAUCUUAUGUUGCGCCCCUUCCGACGUGUACGACAAAGCGGAUUCGGUCCCUGUGCUUUCCGUGAAGGUUUCGGUUGCCAAGGGUUUGUUCCAUGAGGAAGUCGAACACAACGCCGCGAAAGCUGAAGCAUGCUACAAGCGAGCGCUAUUUCUCGACAAGACUGACGCCGACGCCGUGACAGCAUACGCCAAGUUCCUAGCCCAGGUCAAGCGGGAUCGCAAAGGUGCUGACACGGUGAUUCGAAGAGCCGUCUCAGCCAUCGAGUGCGACGCUGCGGUACAAUACACCGACAGCGAACGUCUCGCUGUCAAAUUCAAGUUGCUCGCAUUGCUUCGAAAGGACUCGAUCGUUGCUUGCCGUGACCAAAGAGCUGCACGGACAUUAGGCGCUGGGGCAUUUGGCACUGUCGUGCGAUGCACCCACCGAGCCACCAAGACGCAGGCGGCAGUCAAGAUUGUCAUGGACUGCUUCGAUGAAGCCGAGCGCGAAAAGAUCGCCCUCACGUGCGUCGCGGCGGCGGGUGGCCACGUCAACAUCGUUCGUCUCAACGAGUUCUACCAUCACGGUGGCCACCACUACCUCGUCGUCGACUUUGUUCCAGGGUCGACGCUCUUUGACCAUGUGCGGCAGCGCAGCAAACUGACUGAGGAGAGCGUCCGUGACAUUCUACGUCAGGUAGUGUCGGCGAUUGCCUUCUUGCACGCGUUGGGGAUGGUGCAUUGCGAUCUAAAGCCCGACAACAUCAUGAUUACCCCCGUCGAGGCGUCGGGAGGGGGGCAUGCCGUGACAUUGAUCGACUUUGGCUCAGCUACCAUUCCGAAUCCGACGUCCAGUACACUGCCUGUCGACGCGACUGUGCUUGCCCAGGCACCUCCGUCUGGGACCAAGUCCUACUCGUCGCCAGAGAUGUGUGUUCAUGAAAACAGACAAGUCGCGCCUCACGUCGACAUGUGGUCCGUUGGGUGCAUCCUCUACAUCAUGCUGUGCGGCCAACAUCCAUUCGACCCCCGCGGCAACCUCACCGAAGCCCAAGUGACCCACAACAUCUUGAACCAUCCUGUGACGUUCGACCAACCCAUUUGGGCCACGAUUUCGCCGUGCAUGAAGGAGAUUGUAGCAGCUCUGCUGGAGAAGGACCCGGAGAAGCGCAUGACAGCCGACAUGUUGUCCAAGGAGUUGCGCAAGCUCGACAACGACAACGGAGGCGCUCGUUUUCCUCAGUAA